CUGUGUGGGCGUGGCCCGAUGGAGGGGGCGUGGCCGGGCGGCGCGCGGCGGCGGCAGCGCCAUGUCGAUGGAGGACCCCUUCUUCGUGGUGAAGGGGGAGGUGCAGAAAGCUGUGAACACUGCCCAGGGGCUCUUCCAGAGGUGGACAGAGCUCUUGCAAGAUCCCUCCAUCGCCACAAGAGAAGAAAUCGACUGGACCACCAAUGAGCUCAGGAACAACCUGCGGAGCAUCGAGUGGGACCUGGAGGACCUGGAUGAAACCAUUAGCAUCGUGGAGGCAAACCCGCGGAAAUUCAACCUCGAUGCCACAGAGCUGGGAAUCCGCAAAGCCUUCAUCACCAGCACGCGGCAGGUGGUCAGGGACAUGAAGGAUCAGAUGUCAAACUCAUCCAUGCAAGCACUGGCUGAAAGAAAAAACAGGCAGGCACUGCUGGGAGAGAGUGGGAGUCAGAGUUGGAGCUCUGGACCUGACAAGUACAGCCGUCUGGACCGGGAGCUGCAAUUAGCAAAUUCACAUUUCAUCGAGGAGCAGCAAGCUCAACAACAGCUGAUUGUGGAGCAGCAGGAUGAGCAGUUGGAGCUGGUCUCUGGCAGCAUCGGGGUGCUCAAGAACAUGUCCCAGCGCAUUGGCGGGGAGCUGGAAGAGCAAGCAGUGAUGCUGGAUGACUUCUCCCACGAGCUGGACAGCACUCAGUCACGCCUUGACAACGUCAUGAAGAAGCUCGCCAAAGUGUCUCACAUGACGAGUGAUCGACGGCAGUGGUGUGCAAUUGUUGUCCUCUUCGUCAUCUUGCUAGUGGUGCUCAUCCUGUUUUUUGUCCUGUGAUGACAAAAACUGAACUUCCUGGGACGCCCCCUCCCCGCCCCCUGGCCCCGGCAGCGCGGGGAAAUGAAACUCUCCCGAUUUCCGUCCGCCCACAGCGAUCCCGGCAGGAACCCCCGCACCCAGCUCUCACCAUCCUGCUCCAGGCCUGCGGCUCGGCGUCCCCCCGGCCCCGGGGAGAGGGGGCAGCGCUGGAGCUGCCUCUCCCCUGCUGCGCUGCAGUCUGGAUCCAUGGAGCUGGAGGGGACCUGAGCCCCGCGCUGCCACCGCUGCAGGUAGGAGCCGUGAGAGAUAGAUGGACACAGCAGCGAGCCCUGGGGACGAUGGGACGGGGGAGGAGUUACUGAAUUCACCGAGCAUCACAAACUGCGCUGCCAGUGCCAGCCUCAGGCAUUACUGGGAACGGUGAAACCCCCCAAGCCGCAGCGAGGGAGGGGAGCCCUGGCCCUGCUCCCCGUGCCCCUCCCUGCCUCCUGUGGGCGGGCUCUGUAGCAGCAGUUCACUGCCGAGAGAGCACGGUGAGUCCUGCCAGAGCUUUCCUGCCCUCUCCCCGGGCAGAGGGCAGAGCUGUAGGGUCUCAUGUCCUGCCAUCGGCCACCCAGGCCCCCUCAGACACCCCAGAGCUUCAAACCUGGGGUGCUGCACUCCGAGCGCUGGCAAUCAGCUGUGAGCCAGAGAGGGAGAGUCUUGAAGCUUUUAAACUUGCCUCCCUCACUAUACAGGCCUCUAAAGCUCAUUGACUGAUGCUUUCUUUGCCCUUGUAUAACUGAGUCUCUGCUUCUGUUUAACAGCUGCUUCUCUUUGGCAAGUGAUUUGCCAAGUCUAAAAUAACUUAUUUUUUUUAAGAAAAAAAACUUUAAAGAUUUUUUUGAUGACCAUUAGAGCCACGUUCUCUCUGCGGGUGCACGACACACAUGACCAGAGGAACAGUGCUCAGUGAUGUAUUUUAAGUGUACAUGAACUUGUAAAUAGGAUGUCUUAAUUUUUCCCAACCGCUAUUUUUUGGACGCCUCCGUUGUAAGCAACCAAAAGGCAGGAGAUUCGAAGCUAGGAUCAUGUUUCCAUAUUCCUUCCCAGUCCUUUUGUCACCUCCCAGUUGUUUGUCACUCCAGUUGUCUCAGCAGUGUUGGAUUCCCUGCAGGGAAUGUGGAGUAGCCAGGUGGGCAGUACCAAAAAUGUGGUGAAAAAAGCUCACCUGGGCAGAGGAACGGGCAGAGGGACCGUGCUGCAAGCACCAAUUGUGGGAUGGGGGGUGACUCUUGAGGAAAGCAAAAACGGUUUCUUACUCCAGUCUGCUCCCAUAUUUUGAGUUGCAAACAUGAAAAGACUCAGCACAGCCUGGCUUAUGGCUCCCAGAUGGGGCUGGGGGAGGAAGUUAAUUGGCA